AUCACUGUGUUUGUCUGUGCUAAGAAGAAGAAAAUGGCACUUCCCCUUCUUCGAAUCCCCGGGAUUCCACUUGCCAAGCAACACCAAUCAUUCCCUUCCAAUACCCGCCGCAAAGCCACGACGGCGCAGGCGGAGCUCGAGACAGCGGUGGCGCGGACGGGCGGAACCGGUUACCAGUCUCCGUCCGUCGAUGUUCCCAGUCCCACGCAUAAGGUCAUAGUCCACGACAGACAACGAGGAAUCGUUCACGAAUUCGUCGUGCCUGAGGACCAGUAUAUAUUACAUACUGCUGAGGCCCAGAAUAUUACCCUUCCAUUCGCCUGCAGGCAUGGUUGUUGUACUAGCUGUGCUGUACGUAUAAAGAAUGGAAAGAUUAGGCAACCAGAGGCACUAGGGAUAUCGGCCGAAUUGAGAGACAAGGGUUAUGCACUUCUUUGUGUGGGCUUCCCAACCUCUGAUGUUGAAGUGGAAACUCAAGAUGAAGAUGAGGUAUAUUGGCUUCAAUUUGGACGUUAUUUUGCUCGAGGACCAGUGGAAAGAGAUGACUAUGCCUUGGAGUUGGCCAUGGCUGACGAGUAAGCAAUGUAGAAAAUCUGACAAUUAUUGGAGCAAAGAAUGUGAAUAUUUUGUUUCCCCUUCUUUUCUUCUUCUCAUAUAUCUACCAUGUUAUCUUCUUGUCUUGGUUUAUUUUUCCCUAUAUAUACUAUUGUGCUAAUUCCAAGCAAAGCCCCAUGCUAUAUGCCUAUACUCCUAUCUUUUUUCC